UACAAAGUAUACAUAAACUAUCAACAAUGAAAUACUUGUGGUUGUGCUACUGCGCUGAAUCGGUGAAUGUAAAUUAAAAUGAAAUAAAUUUCUUGAGAUCUACGAAAACAUGCAUGAGGUAAAUUUUGUCUUGGUUUGACUUCUUCACUGAAUUGAGAUCAUUAUGGAGAACUUUGUUCUAUAUGAAGAAUUGGCCAAGGGGGAUCAUUCAAUAAUUUACAAAGGGAGACGCAAAGGAACUAUAAAUUUUGUUGCUAUUCACUGUAUUGACAAGUGUAAACGUCCAGAAGUCACUAAUACAGUUCGUAUGACACAUGACAUAGAGCAUGAAAAUAUUGUAAGGUUCCAUGAGUGGUAUGAAACCAGUAAUCAUUUGUGGUUGGUCGUGGAGCUUUGCACAGGCGGCAGUCUGGAAAGCUUGAUAGCACAGGAUGGAAGCUUGCCAGAGUCCACUGUUAGGUCCUUUGGCAUUCAUCUGGUUACUGGCCUUCAUUAUAUUCAUUCUCUGAAUAUCCUGUUCCAUGACCUUCGCCCUAGUAAGAUUUUGUUAGACACUGCAGGCUCUUUGAAAUAUGCAGAUUUUAGUUCUUCAAAAGUUGAAGGUGAAAACCUGGAGGAAUUAUUUUACAAAUUUGCUGAAUCUGGAGAGCAAUGGAAUACUCAGUCUGUUGAGGAAAUGAUGAAAUUCAACAAAUGGACUGGUUCUUUAAUAUAUAUGGCUCCUGAGUUGAUCCAAGGGGCAGAACCUAAUGUUUUGAGUGAUUUGUGGUCCCUGGGAUGUGUUUUAUAUCAGAUGUUUGCUGGUUAUCCUCCAUUUUUUGCUGAAUCUGAUGAACAAAUUAAAGACAGAGUUCUUAACAAAGAUUUCCCAAUACCUAAAGUAAAAGGGCCAAGGAUAUCUGCCAAACCAUCACCAGAAUUUUUAAAUUUGUUGCAGGGACUUUUAAAAAAGGAUCCUACCCAAAGGCUAGAUUGGCUCAAGUUGGUCAACCAUAGUUUUUGGCAAGGCCAGCUUAGCUCACUUGCAAAAGAUUUAAAUGCUUCUGCUGAUGUGAGGUCCAGCACAGUAUCUAACAUGGUUGCGUCAAAUGUUUUUGAUCAUGGUGUCAGCUCUGCGUUGGGCUGUGUAAAAAGUGUGGACAUCAAGAAGAGUUUCGACAGGCCAGCUAUAAAUCUAGACCUAAUAGAUGGUAGCAGACCAUCUACUGUUGUGGGAAUAAGUGAAUACCUGAGACCUAAAACUGCACCUGGAAUGGAGAGCGGGGGAGGUCUUUUUACUUUAAGCGCGCGCCCCCAUACUGCGGUGCCACCUGACGAUAGAAUGACCUCACCUCACAGACCAAUUCAGACUCCACUGAAGACCAGGGAAACCAUCGGAAACACAACAGACGGGGAAGCAAGCAUUCAAGAUAAUGGCAGUGAGACCAAAAAGCUAAUUUUUCACGAGAGUGAUUUUAUCAUCACGCAGAUUGUGGACAAUCCAAAAAUACAGAAAGUCCCUCAGUGUAAAUAUGAUUUGAAAAUUCUUCCAGUUCCACCAUUUACAGCGGAGAAGCUAAGCAGCAUGAGUGACAAAGAAGUUCAGAAGCAAGCCAAAGCAAUAGCCGACAACCUGACACAAGCAGAGAAAGGUCCGCCAUCCCAAAAGAGAAUUCACCUUCUGCAAUACUUAGCGUGUGUAGCCUCUUGCCAUGAACUCUCUACCUCUUUGACACAACAAGGCCUACUUGGCACUAUUGCCAAACAGAUUAAAGAAUCCUCCCAUGUAGACAUAAAGCUGAAGUUGGCUCGAGCUUUGGCGCUGGUGGCUCACUUCACUGACACUGUGGAUACUAGUGUCAAUCUUUCUGAGGCAAUGUCCACACUGACAGAACUGUUGAGAGAGAACAUGAAGAAUGUCAAGCUUAAACAAGGUUUGCUUCCUGCCCUUGGAGAACUCAUUGCCUUAGUUGCUGCACAGGAGCAGAGAGGUCAGGAAACAGUUGAAAACUGGACAGUGCCUACUUUGGCCUACACAUCCAUCAUAAGAGGCAUUCGUGAAGGGGAUGAUCAAGUUGUGAAUCACAUUUGUAUCAAAAUCAUAGAGACAGUGACUGCAUCUUUAUCAACACACUCACAGAAAUUUGUCACCCAAGAAGUUUGUCAGUCUUUGUGGUACAUGUUCAAGCACACAUCUGUGGAUGCCAUUAGAAUCACCACCAUUUCGGCAUUAUGUCGCUUAACAUGGCAGAAUCCAUCCAUGUUCCAAAGUAUCCUAGACUCUGGCGCUCUGACUCCCAUCAUGCAAGCACUGAACUGUGGUGUGUCUAGAAUACAGCAGGCAAUUAUCACAAUGAUUGGUUUUUACCUGGCAACCAUUGGGAACUCCUCUCGUUUCUUUCAGGACAAGGACUUCUGUGUGAAAGUUAUGAGAUGUUUUGAAAGCCCAUCAUCUAUCAUAAGAGCUAAGGCUUUCGUUGUUGUCUAUGAACUGGUGCAUACAAAUAGUGAGCUCUUACUGAGUUGCUGCCAGGCCAGGCUAGUAAUGUAUAUUGAAAGAGACAGCAGAAGGCAAACUCCACGCACACCCAAAAUCAAACCAGUGGAAGAUCAAGAAUACUUGACCCAGUGUCUGGAGCUACUUGUUUCAGGAAUUCUUCAGUACUUACCCUUCAUUAUGAAUGAAAUACUAGAGCACUUAGACCAAGUUGGAGGGAGGAAACAUCCCAAUACUGCUCAAAUCAAACAACUCAAGUGUUCUCUCCCCUUGAUGCCUGUUUUUAAUCAUAUGGUAACCAGCCAGGUAUUCCGCACGGCUGUAGUAAACCAACAGUUUCUGCACCAGUACAUCAAGUUGUUAAAUCAUGUGGUGAAAAUAGAACAAGGGGAGACCAACAUAGAUUCAGCGUCAGAGAAAGGGAAAGCCGCCAUCAGUGUUCCUGAGUUUGUGAGCUCAACAUUAUCCAUAUUGGAAGGCAUAUCCCAACAUCCUUCACUCUUGAUCGAACACAAUGCUCUGAUUAUUAAAGAGAUUAUACCCUUGUUGACGUCCCUUAUUGCUUGUCAGAAUGUGGACACCAAGGCUCAAGCUUUGCAGGUGUUUGGAGACAUGGCUUCUGUCUAUCUCAGUCAGGACCAGUUUGGUUCAGAUGUGAAGGUCAACAUAGCGCUUCUGCGGAACAUCAUUCAGGAAAAAUUACUUCCACAAUUUGAACCUAUCUUGCUGGAUUUGGACCCACUGCCCAGCUAUGCCUUAAAGUUAAUGCUGGCCUUCUUGGAGCAUGACCCAUCUUUCAUCAAACUGAUGGAACAGCAGGGUCUAAUUGCAGUGUUGUUUCAAACAUUGAUGGACCAUCAGAACAAUGCACUGAGUCGAGUCAUGCAGUUUGUUGUGGCUGUACUCAACUGUCUGGUCAGUCACAAGGAAACCAACAUGCUAGAACUUUACGAUCAAGGUCUUGUGGAUCACAUAACCAACCUUUUAUUUGACGUCUGGAACUCUGUAUGUGAUGGAGAAGAUGGAGGAAGAGAUAUUAAGACAGCUGUGACCAUGCUUCUCACCCUGCUUGACACACUUCAUUCCAUUCUGCGUUAUGUGUCAGAGGUCGUACGUAAAGCCUUGCAGGUGAAAAACAAAGGUGGAGAAGGGGCACAGAAAGAAGCCGAGUUUGGAGAACAGUUGCUGCUGUUGAACAAAUCCCUGACAGACUUAACCUCAUUAUUAACACAGCUGCUGUGCUAUGAAGACAUAGAAAUACAAGACUUGGCCAUUAAGUGUCUCUCACUUCUUGUACAACUGUUUGGGGGAGAGAAUAGAGAGGCUAUGGCUCCUGAUAAUAUGGAGUGUUACAGCAAAUGUCUGAAAUCUUUUGAUCCAAAGAAGCAAAAAAUUGUCCUCAGGGUCAUCAAGAGGUUGCUUAGCACUAACAGCAGACAUGUAGAGUCAAUGAAGAAAUCUGGAGAAGGUUUGGCUAAAACUAUUCAGAGUUUAGCAAACACUGCCAGCUCACAUGCAGACAUAACCUUGUCGACAGUGGCAGCUGAAAUACUCAAAAUGACAGGUCACAUGUCAUGAAACACUAAGAGGAAUUAGUAGACUGACAACUAGUGUAUCUCAGAUCCUAAUAUUGUGAAGAAGAAAACAUUCUCGAGUGUAAUCCUUCAAAUUUUUCUGAAAAGUUAACUAAGGUGCACAUGAGGAUUCCUAGAAAUCUAUUUAACACUAAUGUACCUUAUUGGCAUAAGCCGAAAGUGCAAGUGUUAUUAUGAUGAUGAUAUUUCUAACAUUUGCUUAGAAUCAAUUAUGUUGUGUUAUAGGAAUGGUUAUGGUCAACAAAGGGGCCAAACCAGUGAACAUAUCAGUAACAAGGAUAUAGCAGCCUUUGCCCUCUUUACCAAUGAUAGUCAAGGACUUUUUAAACAGUCAAAAGCUUUUAUAUUAUGUUGUUGUUAUUUUUUUCAUGUAUCACUAAUAUCCAGUUUUAUCUUUGGGAGAUUGAAAUAAUUUUUUUUUAUUUCUGCUCUUAAUUACAGUACAUCUAUUUAAAUCUUCAUUUAAAAGAGAUUUCUUAUUUUAAUAUAACUAUUCUACAUUGUAAAUUUUGUGAUAUAAUCAAAAAUGUUGUAUGUUUGUUUUAACUAGAGUUGAUAUCUAUAUAGCUCCUCCUUCGUUGUCGAAGAUGAGCACAUUUCUAAUUUCAUUUGGACUCGAAGAUGGCUGUAAAGUCCAAUCCUCGCUUUAAAAAGCUGGCCGAUAUGCGGCAUAGGUGGGUUAGGUAGUUGCAGAUAGGCCUGCUUCUUUUCUCAGCUUUUUGUUGGUUCGGCCCUCUUUGGCCCUGGCCACUCUUCUUGCUUCAAAUCUUGAGAUUCCGAGACUCACAGCUUCACACCAUGAGGAGAGAUCAAGAGCUAGUGCUUCCCAGCCUUGAAUGUCGAUAUCGCAUUCCUUGAAAGAGCUCUUGAGAAUGUCUUUGUAGCACUUGUAUUGGCCUCCCUGAGAGCGCUUUCCUGCACACAACUCCCCGUACAGAAGUCGCUUGAGAAGGUGAUUGUCUGACAUGCGGACUAUAUGUCCCGCCCAUCGACGUUGGGACCUUUUUACUGUCACAUUGAUACUGUGCAUGUUGCAUGUACUGUAUUGUGUCUGGUAUGUGGUCGGACCAAUGCACCUUAUGGAUACUCCUUAGACAGCUUAGGUGGAAUGAGUUUAGCUUUUUGGUGUGGUGGGAGUAUAGCUUCUAGAACUCUGAUGCAUAUACCAGUGACAGGAGAACUACAGCACUGUAGACUUUCAGUUUUGUGAAUAUGCUGAGUCCUCUGUGUUUCCACACUUGUUCUUGAAGUCUGCCAAAAGCAGCACUGGCACAAGCAAUAUGGAACAUGGAAGUCAACCUCAUCAUCUAGGUUGGCAUUAGCUGAUAGGGUGCUUUCCAGAUAGACACACUUUUUGACGUUGCUGAUUUCUGGCCAUCUAUGAGAAUGUCUGGUUCUGUGACAGCUUUAUUUGGAGCAGGUUGGUGCAGCACUUCUGUCUUUUUUACAUUUAUGGUGAGGUCAAAAUUUUUGCAGGCGUUGGCGAAGAGUGACAGGCUCUUUUGAAGGUCUUCUUCAUUUGUGGCAUUUAGGGCACAGUCAUCUGUGAAUAGCAGGUCUCUGGUGCAGUCGUAGUUUACUUUGGUCCUUGCCAUGAGUCUCUGAGCAUUGAAUAAACUUGCAUCAGUGCGAUAUCGUAUGCCAACUCUGAACUGCCAAUUGAGUAUAUUUCAGCAGGGAUGGAGUCUAGUCCCGGUGCCUUACCAGUUGAAAGGUUGGCUAUUGCAGUCAUUACUUCAUUAAGCCAGGGAGGGUCAGUGAGAGAAUGGUUUAUUGGGACCUGUUCCAGGCGUGCGAUGGCUUCUGCACUAAUGCUUGAUGGACAGUUAAGGACUGUACUGUAGUGUUCAGCCCAGCAAACAAGUAUAUCCUCCUUGUCUGUGAGAAGUUUGUUUCCAUCAGCACUGAAUAUGGGGGAUGAGCCAUUUUGCUGAGGGCCAUAAAAAGCUUUGAUUGAAUUGAAAAACAUUUUUUGCAUUUUUACUGUCAGCAUAUGACUGAUUUCUUCUGCUUUUUUGUUAUACUAUGACUCCUUCAUGAGUCUCAGGUUUCGCUGGACCUCUCCUUUGGCAUUAGUGUAGCGUUCUCUGCUUUGGGGGCAAGCUGGAUUACACAGAAAGGCCUUAAAGCAAUGUUGCUUGUAUGUUAAAAGCUGUUCAAUUUGAACAUUGUUUUCGUCAAACCAAUCUUGGUGCUUGCAUUUUGCCAAGGAUGCUGCUAGCCAGAGAGUGCACAGAAUCCCUUAGUUUAUUCCAGCUGUUUUCCACAUCCUUGUUCAUGUGCAGGGUUUUAAUUUCACUGUUUUCAGUUGAUAUCUACAUUUCUGUUUAUUUACUUUUCCUUUUUUUUUUCUAAUUAUAAGAAAACAUAGGGUAAACAUUUCUCUGCUAAAAGUUAUUAUCUUCUUCUUGAAAGAAUGACUGUAAUUUAUUAGAUAGUGUGUUAUAAAAAUAUAAAGCUUAACACUGACAACAUAACUUGAUAUACAUUGUUGUGCUUAACAUCUGCCAGGCUUUGAAAUGUUCAUGCUCUGUGAAAAUUAGCAAUGCAGACUCAUUAUUACACAUUGAGAGGGCCCCAUCAGAGCCAUAGCUUUGCAGGCUAGGGGCCGCUUAGUGAUUUCUUUUAUUUUGAGCUGUAGCAAUGAGCUGUUCAGGUAGAUCAGCACAGAGCAGAGAUGUAAAAAAUGCCAUUAUAAAAAAAUGCAAUUGAUUGGUUUUAACCUGUAAAUGCUAAAUUUUAGAGCUUACAUGAAAUAAUCAUUAUAUAUCAAGGAAAUAUUAAUUUUAUCAAUGCCCAUUUUGUUCAUAGAAUGAAUGGUCAGCAUAAUUUUUUUUUUUUUUUCAUAUUGUCUAAAAUUGGAGAAAAAAAAGUCUUUCAUUUUAUAUUGAAAAUGUUCAAAAUUAUUUAUCUCUAUAGCAUUGAUAAAAAAUUGUUUUUAAAAUGUGAACAUUCCAAAUAUUGAGGCUGCUAAAAAAUAUGAUUUUUCUCAAUUGUAGUAAAUAUAUAUCACGUAUUAGCCACACACUGUUAUUCUUGGGUGUUUUUUUAAAGGUGAAUGCUAGAUCUGUCUUCUUUGAACUUUGUUUAGCCAAAGUUCUGGUCUCAAAUCGAGUUAGAACUUUGAAUUUUACCUGUAAUUAUUGCAAUAGAUAGUUGGCUUAUUAUCAGUUAUUUACUUAUUUAGCUAGUUACAGUGUUGCAGUUGUGAAGAGCAGCCAGCAUUUUGCAAAGUUUUUGGAUUCAUUCCCCUGCAAUGCCCAUCAAUUAGUGAGAGCAAAAGUGAAAUUAAGAAAAAAAAUUCUGUGGAAACUUUUUAAAAAUACUUUAGUCACAUUUUCAAUACCAAAAGUAAUAAUGGAAGUUUGAUUCAAUUUAGUCCAUUACAUUAGUUAUAACUUAUGUGUAAGUUAUCUUUUAGUUUAUGUUCAAUCAUUGCACUGCCAUUAUUUAACUGUCAUAGUCUUUGUAACAUGUUAAAUAUAAAAAAUACUUUUUGAAAAUCUCCCUUGUAUUGAAUGAAAUAGUAUUAAUUAUUUUGAAUCAAUCAUGUAAUUAUUUUUAAUGACAGAAAUUAACAAUAUACUUGCAUAUGUAGGUUUGUUGUCCAAAAAAGGAUAAACUGUUUUGUUUAUCAAUGGACCUUAGUUUUUUUUUUAGUGCUACCUAAGAGCACUAUUAGAAUCUGUCAAGUCAAUGUACAUACUUUGUCAUCUUAUUGAUCAUUUCAGUUGAUAUUUUAUUUUGGAUGAUUGUUAUGCAUCUGCUCUCUCUGGUUCUUUUAAAUUUACAAAUCAUGGCCAUGUGAUUUCACUCUAUGAUUGAACUCAUGAGCCACAUGAUAUUUUGCUAAGGGACAAUCUAUCAAGACUUAUAGUAUGGCAUGUUACAGUCCAUUAGAAAAAUGUGCAGCCUUUUAUAAAUUAUGACACUUUUUUUUAAAGCCAUGGUCAUAUUAACAAAGUCAUAACGUAACCCUAAAGAAAUUGUAGAUCAAGUAUCAACAACCACCACAUUACUGAUAUUAACAUAUUUAAAAAUGAUUCAUAAUUAAAUGACUUGAAUAAAAUUAUGGAGAAAAAUAUCAAAUAAUCUAAUACUUUAUAUUUUGUCCGUGUGUAUUAUUAUAAUUUUAAAUAGUACACAUAUGAUAUUCACCGUCCAGAAGUGAAGAGAAAACAAAAGAAGUGGAGAUAUUAUUAUUUUGUGUUUACCAUUAUACCGUCCAUUCUUCAUAUGAAGUGAAUAGGUGUAUAUUGUUUAUAAAUUAUAUAUAUUUUUUUAUGAUCUUUAAAUUUUUAAUUAGUUAUUUUGUCUCCUAAUUAUUCAAAUCUGUGUGCUAAUUGUGUUUAGCGACUUUAGUGGUCCAUUUAUUUUCCAUGCAAUUUUUUUGUCUUGAUUGAUUCAAAUAGAUGUUUUAAAAAUGUUUAUCUAGGUUGCUUUUGAAAUUAAAUUUAUUUUUCUUUUGUUACUUUUUAUUCUGAUCAAUAUAAACAAUUGAAAUAUUCUUAAUCUAAUAUACAACCCUUUGUGAUAUUUUUUAUACUUUCAACUGCAAUAGCUGUGUAAACCUAAUUUCAAAUCCUUCACAUUAGUAUGCCUAUUCUUCUGAGAAUGUAUCAUUUAGGCAGAUCUGUAUUGUUAAUGUUUGUAAUACAAUGUAGAUUAUAAGAAGACUUUUUUAAAAUUUCCUUUUGUUAAAAAUUCUUUCCAUUUCAUUGGAAACAAAAUUUGCUUCUUUCUUUUCAUACUUACUAUUCAUUGUUUAUUACUUACUAACUAUUAAAAGACU